GGGUGGGGUUUGCCCAUGGCCAGCCUUUCCUUAAUCAUUGGGUGGGCGAGAAUCAUCUGAGAACUGCAGAGCUGGAAAGGGAUCCAUCCUGUGGGGCAUCUGGUCCAGACCCUGUCAAGGCAGCACCGAGGGGGAAUCGAACUCCCAAGGUCUGGCUCCGCAGCCAGAGGCCUCAGCGCUGAGCCUCAGAGUUCCUGUUAGAGCCACCAUCACUUAUAAAUCGCCUUGCCAGCACAGGGCGGCAGCAAAGGAGCUGGGAAGGAUGGCUGGGAGGGGUCCCAGCUCUGCACAGAACGAAGAGAUGUUCCUGAGUUAAGGGGAGAGCAUCAGCCCCUGUCUGAGAUAUUGAUAUAGAUAUAUAUACUGUAUAUAUAAGUCCAGACCUGUUGUUACUCUUGGUCUCCAUGAUUCAGAGAUGCCAGUGAUGAUCACCCUUUAGCAACAUUGUGCACAAAGCCCGUGUUGCAAGUUAGGAACACAGCGGCACUUUCUCUCUUGCAAACGGAGCUGUAACAAAAAGCGCCCUUCGGGAUCUCCGUCUGGAGCAGAAGCAGCGGCAGGCGCCCACGGAGAGAUAAGGGACCGUUCCUAACACAUUGUCCACUCCUGGCCAGCGGCCACGUGGGCCGUGACAUGAACACGGCGUUUGGGUUUGGGGGCACUUCAGACCGCCUCGGAGAGGAGCCUGCCUUUUUGGCAGUGCGGCGGCCUCCCCCAGCAUGGAGCCCCGGACGGAGAAGGGUGAGGAGGCGGAGAGCGUGAAGAUCACGUCCCAGCUGCUGAAGGCCAAGACGGGGGAGUUCGAUCUGGAAUCCAUCCUGCUGCUGAAGCUGCGCGGCCUGGGCAUCGUGGACCUGGGCUGCCUGGGCGAGUGCGCCAGCCUGGAGUGGCUGGACCUGUCCGGCAACGCCAUCACCCACCUGGGGCCCCUCGCCUCGCUCAAGGCCUUGGCCGUCCUGAACGUCUCCUCCAACCGGAUCGCCAGCCUGGAGCCUCUGGCCGGCUGCGAGAACCUGCAGAGCCUCAAUGCCGCCGGCAACGCCCUGAGCAGCCUCCAGCAGCUGCAGUGCCUGACGGGGCUGCGCCAGCUGGAGAGCCUGCGCUUCCGCAACCCUGUGGGCCGCCUCAGCAACCCCUUCUGCGCCUCGCCGGGCUACCGCGCCGCCAUCGCCGAGAUGUUCCCGGCGGUCAAAGUGAUUGACGGCGAGAGGGUCUCGGGGCAGGGCAGCGAACUCUACCACCUCUGCCAGGACCUGGACGACUCCCUCAAGGGCUCCCAGGGGGCCGGUGGGGCAGGGGCCACCGCGCUGGCCGGCCCAAGCAAGCCCUGGGUGGAGGAGGGCUACUGGGCCGGCCGGCCGGCCAGGAGGAGCUCCAUCGUGGAAGAAGCCUACAAGCAGUUCAACGAAGUCCUGCAGGAGUGCCGGGAACUGAGCAAGCGAGCCGAGGACACCAUCUCCCAGGCCGAGCGGACCCUGAACAUCCGGCCGGACUCCAGCUCCUCCUAUCUGUUUUGAACAGCCCUGAGGGCCCCGAUUCCUUCCCUUGGCGUCCGUUUGUCCACUCCUGUCCUUCACGAGACAGUUGGCCUUGGAGCCGGAGAACCUCCUGCUUGACCCAGGGUCCCCGUUGGGAGCUGGCUGGCCGUGUGUGUGUGUGUGUCUGUCUGUCUCCAAGGCCCUUUUGCAGAAGGCUUCACCCCUUCCCUGCACCUCGUCAAGGCUGUCCCACUAAUGAGCAGCCCUCUCUGGUCAUUAAGGUCCUCUGCUGUCUGUCUGUCAGUCGGAGAGGAGCCUUUGGUCAAGGGAAUCUGGGGUCAAGCGUUAAGCCAAGAGGGUUUUCUACGCAGGCAGCAGGACCCCUGGUUUGGUCGUCAGGACUCAGCUCAGCCCCCCUCCCAGAGCUUCCAUGUUACACCUGUGCCACCUUUGAAGCUGGCUUGUAAAAAUGAGUCAGAGGGGGGUCCGGAUGUUCCUUGCCCACCUCCCCGUUUCAAUGCCUGGGAACACUAGAGCUUGCGUUCUGGGGAACCGUCACAGCAAUCCCGAGGACCCAUUUGCCACCCUGCUCUGUGGUAGCUCUGGAACAGGGAGAGGGAGAGGCUUCCCGGCUCUCUGGUUGCGGGGGGGGGGGCAAGGAGGGGAUGUGCCUCAAGGGGGCUUCGUUUCUCCCAUGGGGGGUGUAGAGUGGGAGGUCAACUGUAGUGCAAGCUGCUGAGGAGAUGGGUGGGAUUCACCUCAAGCCCUGGAAGAGAGGACGGUCAAACAGCAAAGACUGCCUGGAAUCAGAGGUCAGGGCUGAACCAAGGCUGGGCUCUGGACCCUGUCGUCUAUCUGUCCCUUUCUCUCUCUGGCCGCCCGCUGUGUUGAAGCAGUGUGGGGCAACUGUACAGGUCUGGCCUGUGAAAUAAACCUGGUGUUUCC